AUGCCUCCAACCGGAGAACAAGAUCUCCUGUCAACAGAGAUAGUUAAUCGUGGAGUAGAGUCGUCUGGUCCUGAUGCCGGCUCCAUUACUUUCUCUGUCAGGGUCCGUCGUCGGUUGCCGGAUUUUGUCCAGUCUGUGAAUCUCAACGCUGAGAUCGGGAGUCUCAGUAGGGAGGAGCUAUGGCGGAAGCUCUGGGACAGCACCGCUGGGUAUGAUUUGGCUACUGUUCUUGCUUUUUUCGCUGUCUUCGUCUUCACUCUCUCGGUUUACUUCAUGUCUCGACCUAGAUCUAUCUAUCUCAUUGAUUUCGCUUGUUUCAAACCUUCCGACGAAUUGAAGGUGACGAAGGAGGAAUUCAUUGAUUUAGCAAGAAGAUCUGGGAAAUUCGAUGAAGCUAGUCUCGAAUUCCAGAAGAAAAUUCUCGAAUCGUCGGGUAUCGGCGAUGAAACCUACGUUCCGAGAGCGAUAAUGUCGCCGGAUAACAUCUCCACCAUGAAAGAAGGUAGGGCGGAGGCAUCGUUGGUGAUCUUCGGAGCACUGGACGAGCUCUUUAAGAAGACACGUAUCCGUCCGAAGGACGUCGGAGUACUGGUUGUAAACUGCAGCAUCUUUAAUCCAACGCCGUCGUUGUCUGCCAUGAUCAUCAAUCACUAUAAAAUGAGGGGAAACAUUUUGAGUUUCAAUUUAGGCGGGAUGGGAUGUAGUGCCGGAAUUAUCGCCGUGGAUUUGGCGCGUGAUAUGCUUCAGGCGAACCCGAACAAUGUCGCGGUGGUUGUGAGCACGGAGAUGGUGGGAUACAACUGGUAUCCUGGAAAAGAUCGGUCUAUGCUAAUCCCCAACUGUUACAUCAGAAUGGGUUGCUCCGCCCUUCUACUUUCCAACCGCAGCCGUGACUACCGCCGUGCCAAGUAUAGACUUGAGCACAUCGUUCGUACCCAUAAAGGAGCUGAUGAUCGAUAUUUCAGGAGUGUGUAUCAAGAGGAAGACGAACAAAGGUUCAAAGGGCUAAAGAUCAGCAAAGAUCUGGUGGAGAUAGGCGGCGACGCCCUCAAAACAAACAUCACCACCUUGGGUCCGUUAGUGUUGCCGUUAUCGGAGCAACUCCUUUUCUUCGCAACUCUCGUGAAGAGAUACCUCUCCGGCACAAAACCAAAAGGUACAACCACCGCUACAUCCGUCACUCUCGACGGAUCACAGAAGUCACCGCCUACCUCCUCCGGCACCAAGCCCUACAUCCCCGACUACAAGCUCGCAUUCGAGCACUUCUGCGUUCACGCCGCUAGCAAAACGGUGGUGAACGAGCUCCAACGUAACCUUGGGCUGAGCAACGCCAACGUGGAGCCCUCACGCGCCACCCUCCACCGUUUUGGGAACACAUCAAGCAGCAGCAUCUGGUAUGAGCUAGCGUACCUUGAAGCAAAAGGAAGAGUGAAACGGGGCGACCGGGUUUGGCAACUGUCAUUCGGGUCGGGUUUUAAGUGCAACAGUGCAGUUUGGAAAGCUGUUCGUCGUAUAAAGAAGCCUACAAGCAAUAACCCAUGGCUUGAUUGCCUAGACAGGUACCCUCUUGAAGAACUUUCUUAGAGUUGGCAGGAUCGACCCCUAAAGUUUUAUUUAAUUACACCUGGGUACUUUUGAUUUAAUAAGAGGUUAAAAAAGCUUCUUGCAAAAACUUCUCAAUUUCCUGUGUUUGUGUCAGGGUUUAUUAUUAUUAUUAUUAUUAUUAUUAUUAUUCUAUAAUGAUGUUGUAUUAACUUUUAUUUGGAUUUUGAUUUAAUGUAAUCGAUUUUAAAAGGAAUUUCUUAAAUUAAGUAAUGUUGGUUGUAAUUCCGUAUUUAGCCGAAAAGGUUUUGUUUGUUGAAGAUUUUGUUAUUUGUAGCCAGUUGGUGGGCUUCUUUAACAUGAAGUUGGUCAGAAUUUGUUUUGGGUCGCUUUUAUGCUGUCAAUUUGGUUAUAUUUUUAGAUUUAAUUUUAUUGCAUAUUUUACAGAUUGGAAAAUUUAUGAGACAUGAUAAUUUAUUAGUAGUUAUUAUGUUGAACCAUCUCCAGCUACUCAAAUGGUAUUUUUGAGAAAAUGC